AUCCACGUGUACAAGGAAAAAGUGUAUAUAUUGCAGAAUCGUGCUCACCAACUGUUAUAUUUCCAGCGCAGCUCCACUAGACAGGGCGACUCAAUUUUAUCAGGAUGGUUUUGAUGACAAUGAUAGGCCGUGUUAUUGACGGCCUACCUCUCGCAGCCUCGAUGCAAAGUGAUCAAGACGUAUGUAAACCAGAAUUGUUCUUUAGUUAUAAACAGGCCUAUAAACAGUUACUUUCACUAUCUCCACCAUCAGUCAAUUAAGAGUAAUUCCAAAAUUCCGUCGAAAACCUUGGUUUGGACUUAAAGCUGGAGCCUGAUCUCAGCCUGGUAGAGUAAUUUAAACCUAACUAUAAGCACCAAUGCAAACCCACAUACUAGUAUGGCUUUACGUAUUAGCAUUUAAAAAUAUUCCUUUUUGGUUUUUACUUUUGCAUCAUGAAAUUUGAAUGCUUCGUUUUGUUACAUACUGAGCUACUAGGAGAUUUUAGAUUGAUACCUUAACUGUACCAGUGUUUAGGUAGGUGGUGGACAAAGGAGAAUCAAAGAAGAUUGGGAUCUUUGGGACGAUUGUUGGGGGGGGGUGAGGGGUGAAAGUAUCAUAAUAAAGAGUUCUCAACUGACCAAAAAUGGGUAUCUAGGGUUGAUAGUAAUUGUAUGUAGGACUGACUGUGGUAACUCUUGUGUUUAUAGAACAUGUAGAUAGUGGUGCCGAGAUUGUGCUUAUCAUUCUUAGAGGUGUUUCCAAAUAUAAUACCAACCAUUGCUUUGACAUAAUUGAAAUUCUAUAUUCUAUCAGAAUACCACCAAGGAUUACCAAGCACAGGCUAAAUUGUUGUUUAGAAAGCUCACAGAUCACUCACCAGCAAGAAGUAGUAUUGAAACUGGACCAAUGAUGUUUCAGUGAGUAUUAAAAAUGAAACAUUUUCCUCCAAUGUCAGUGGAUACCAUGUAUCAUUGAUCAAUCAUCAUCCAUAUCCACAUCCACAUCCACAUCUCCAUCAUACCUGGACAAUGGUGAAAUUACAUAGAUGCAUUUUCUCACAUCUUAGAGCAGAAGAUGACAUGCCAUUGUUCCAAAAAGUUUUCAUCCUUAAAUAACUGAAUGAUGAAUUAAGGCAUUGGUCAACAGAUAAAUUCGUUUCAAAUGAAAAUUCAUAAUCCUGUUCUCAUUAAAGCUCAUCUUCUUAAAAAGUUUAAAUAUCUCUUGUUACUAAGGAGACACCUAAAGAAAAUAUGGGAUAGUAACUAUUUGAAAAUAGUUGGGUAAAAUCAUUUUCACAGAAGAUUAAUCUGCCUGGUUCUUGGCGCUUGAUGAAACCACUGUAGAUAUCUUAGCCAAUCUUUGUUGUCUAUUAGUGGAAGACUUCUUGAGAAGGACUUUGGUAUUGAUUAGGGCCAGUAGAUUAUGGAAGAUUUAAUAUUAAGCAAAGCCAGGUAUGCAAUAAUAUUAAGUCCAUAGUACUCAAGGUAAAACAAUUAAAGAUUGGUUGUGUUUCUUUCAUUUACAGUUACAUUAUAGAAAAUGGGGUGUGUUUCUUGACACUAACCGAAAAGACUUUCUCAAAGAGGGCAGCUUUUAGUUUUCUUGAAGAACUAUCUUCUGAGUUUCACAGGGAAUUUGGUUCCAAAGUAGCCACAGCAACUAGACCCUACCUCUUCAUUGAGUUUGGUAAGCUUCUUUAUCCACAGUUUUUAUCUUUGUGUUCAGAAAUAUUUUUUCCAAGCCUUCAUUGUGGUGAAACCUUUUUUAUGGUGUUGCCCACACCUCUCCCUCACUAUAACAGUGAUGUAUUUACCUAUUGCUCACCGAAAAACCAACCAAAAGCCAACAAAAAUAGAGUGGUGAAGUACACAUGCUUCUCUGAUUUCCAGGUAUAUCAUGUUAAUAUGAGGAAAGUCAUGUUCACUGAACCUAAUUAUGUUGAUGUCAUUUCAGAUACAUUUAUUCAAAAGGCAAGGAAAAACUAUCAAGAUUCAAGAACAAGGAGAAAUCUAAACAGAUUAAAUGAUGAACUCCAAGAUGUACAGCGAAUCAUGGUUCAAAAUAUUGAUGACGUUCUUCAAAGAGGGGAACAACUUUCAGGUGAAUGAUCACCUUUCACAUUUGUAGGCAUUAAAUAUGUUAACCCUUUACACCCUAAUAUUAGUAUGCAUAUUCUCCAUACUGUUCUCCGUACAUUUCCAAAAAGGCUGUGAAGAAGAAUUUGUGUAACAAUCAAGAGUUGCUCUAGUUGGUGAUCAUCUCCACUCUCACGACUUUUAUGUUUGAUUCAGGGGUGAUAUGGUAAGGAGAAAUUAGAUGUCAGUCACUCUUAGGGGCUAAAGGGUUAAAUAAUUUCAUGAUUUAUCAAAAAUUACCUUCUUUUUAGUAAGUUAUCAUUAAAAUUAUGUAGCACUGUACAUAUUAACCUGUGUUGCAGGAAGCAUUCAGCAGUUGUUGGAGAUCCAUCAUUACACUUUAGAAAGUGACUGGCAUUCAGUUUCUCCUUAAAAUAUCACCCCUGAAUCAAACAUUAAGGUCACAGGGAUAGAGGAAACUAUCACCAUCUAAAGAAGCUCUUGAUUGAUAAGUAUAUUCUCUUGGUCAGCAACUUAGGAAAUGUAAAGAGAACAGUAUGGAGAAUAUGCAUACUAAUGUUAGGGUGAAAAGGGUUAACCCUUUCACUCCCAAGAUCUCAUCAGUAAUUCUCCUUACUUUCUGCCACACUAAUUUUUAUGAUGUUAGUUUGGAGAACUUGGUAUUGAAUCAACAAAUAAUCCCCUAACUGAUAUUUUUCUUUAUUCUCAUCCCAUGUCUGCUUGAUAUUGCAUUGAUACUGUAGGGAUAAAUUCUCUCUUUGUCACCCAUGGGAAUGAAAGGGUUAAGCAGAUCCCAUAUUUCAUGGACAUCCUGCUUCAAGUGGAGACUAGCUCAAGUCCCAAACUUUUUCCCUCUAUCUGUUGUAAAGUGGAUUUGUAUUCAGGUUCAGAAAACUUCACAGACAGCUUAAAUACAAAUACAAGUUUCAUUUCUCCAAGACAUUUUGAUACUUUUGAAAUUUUUACUGUGGUAGGAGUAGUUAUCCUUUAGGUUAGUAAUUAUUCACUGUUUCAUUUUGAGUUUGACGGGUAACUACUGAGGUGCAAUGUAAUAAACCCUUUAACUCCCAUGAGUGACCAAGACAAUAUAAUAGACCUUACAAUAUAAAUACAAUAUCAACAAGAUAAGUGAUGAGAAUAAAGAAAAAUAUCAAUUUGGGGAUAAUUAGUAGAUCCAAUGCUAAAUUCUCUGAAUUAACAUGAUUAUAAGAAUUGUAUGGUUGACAGUUAGGAGAAUUACAAAUGUGAUCUGGAAGUUAAAGGGUAAAACCUGUAUUGAGCUGACUAUAAUGAUAGUCACACAACUGUUGUCUUUCUACAGUUUCACUUGUGUUGAAAUUUCUCCUCUCUAAUUUGGUGAAUUUCAGUUUUGGUUUACUUUGUCAUUGAUUGGCACCAUAUUCAAAUGAAGUGUCAUCUUUUCUUUUCAGUGCUGGAUGACAAGGCAGGAAAUCUAAGGUUCCAGUCAGAAAAAUACAAGAAAGAUGCAACAUACUUAAAUCUUCGCUCUGCUUAUGCCAAAUAUGCUGCUGUAGGAACAAUUUUUGUUGUUCUGUUAAUCUAUGUUCGAUUCUGGUGGUUUUGAGGAAUCAUAGACUUAUUUCAUGACAAAUAGAAUGUAAAAAUAACUAAUAUAAAGUUCUAUAUUAUAAUUAUUACCUGUGGAAUUGUACCUGCUAACUGUUUCUAUGAAAUAGUAGUUAGCUUGGGUUAACAUACAAAAUUUAACAAAUUGUUCUACCCCGUGAAUUGUGACUCUCUUGUUUUUCAUUUAACUAUUUAAAACAAGCACUGGUAAAUCAUGUAGAUUUUACUAAUGAUGAUCUCAGUGUUAUACUGUUCCCUUUCAUUGUAAUACCAAACUCUCUACAUGGAAACCUUUUGUCCCUUCUAAUGCAGAUAUCUUAGUGAUUCUCCUUUCUGGCAAUGUUACAUUCUUCUUGCAAAGUAGUUAAGAAAAUUUUGUGUGAUUAAGAUAACACCCUCUAAUUUGUGGGUCUUUUAUCCUCAUUACCUCAGUGCUAGAUGAUGCUUUGAUUUGUAACCGAAAGUUAUAUGCAAAUAAUUUGAUGGAUUUAUUAGGUGGAACCUUGGACUAACAGCACCCUUUGUCAUUCUCUUUUAAGAUAAGAAAUUAUAUUACUCUCUCCUAGCAUAAUGUGCAGUUGUACAUCACUGUGACCUGUGUGAACACUGUUAAAUAAUUUUUAAUUGAAAUUGAUUUCACUGAUCAACCAGCUUUUCUUCACCAGUUAUAAUCUCUAUUAUUCUUUUAUGUUCUAUUACAAAGUUUUUAUUAUUUAUAAUGGUAAGAGAACUGAGUGGGCUCCAAUCCAGUCUGUAAUCAUACAAGUGAUUAGCAAAAUCAGAGUCUGAUCAUGAGAAUGAUAACAGACAGAAAUGUACAACAUAAACAAGUCCUGUUACCAUUAAUCAAAAUUAUGACAACAUCUGAGAAAGAAACUAGAUGUUGGUUAUUUGUUUUCAUACAAUAAAACUCGGCAAAACGCAUGAUGCGCAUAUUGUCUACCAACACAGGUAUGACAUGUCAACUGCCCUAUUAUAAUGCCCAAUCACAAGCAUGACCCAUACAAUGUCCUAUCAGUGCCCAAAUAGGGCGUAAUUACCAAUCACAUUUGAGAAUUUUAUGAUAGUUUUGAUUAGUCAUGUAGUUGUCUUGUAAUUGUCUUACCAAUAUGAAUUAAGCCACACAGGAAGAACAAACCAAAUGUGGAAGAAAGUAGCCCACAGAAAAAUUCCUUCUCAGUCUGAGGUGUCUUUCUCAAUCUACAGACCUCUAGGCAUCAUUCCUUGUAUGUAUCCUCAGUUGUCCCUGUUUGUGCAAAUGGCUCUAAUUGCUACACUGGCACUUUUUACAUUCUAAGUCCAGACCAUGUGGUAAACUAAUAAUUGAUAUUCAUAUCAUUAUAAAAAUGAAAGGAAGGCCUAGAAAACUGCAUUUGUGCAAAAAAUCCCAAAUUAUUUUGAGCUACAUCAUAGAUAAAACCUGUAGCAUUUGUUGAAAUGUCACUCUAAUAAACUGAUGUUUGCUGCUCACUCAGCUCCACUUUAGAGGCAGAGCAUGGGCUUGGAAGCUGUGUGAAAAAUUGCAAUGAACCCUUCUAUGUGGUUCACAGUUUAGGAAAAUUUACACUGUUGACAGUCUAGCAAUACAAUUUGGGGGAAUGCUGACUCAUCCUCAGUUGUCUUAACUGACAUACAACAGAGAAACAAUGUUUGACUUACUACCUUUUGCCUUUGCUACAUGUCAUACAAGAUGUCUAGAAAUGAUUUUGGGCCAACAGAUUAUCUCUGUUAUAAAGGAGAGAGAAAACUUCAGAUAGAGGAAGUUAUAAAAAUACUAUUCAGGUUUUUGUUUCAUAAAAAUGACUCUUUCUAGUGCUGUAUCAUCAUUGGAACUGUUUUGCAAAUCUACACUAUUAAGAGAAAACUACAUUGUUAUGUUUUUAUUAAUCAGAGUGUACAUAGGAAUUGAUUUAUUAAAUUGUUGACUGUUGC